CCCAGUUAACUCCUAUCAAAGGGUCCACCCAUCCUCCUGAAGUGAAAACAUGGAGUGGUGGUCCGUCUCAUUGGCGCUGUGCACAUGCAUGUGCGUGAUGUUCACCCCAGGCAUCUCCACUCCAUCUGGGCCAGCAUCUGCCACCUGUGCCACCCUGGAGCAAAGCCGCUUCUUCGGUUUGUUCUCCUCGAAGACUGCCCUGCCAUCAACGCCAUGCUCCUGGACCCUGCAAAACCCUGAUCCUCGCCGAUACACUGUCUACAUGAAGAUCACCAAGCCUACCGAGUCCUGCACCCCACGACAGGUCCGAACCUUCCAGUUCGACUCGUUCCUGGAGACCUCUCGCACAUACCUGGGCAUGGAGAGCUUCGAUGAGGUGGUUCGACUGUGUGAUGCUUCCUCUGCUGUGGCCUACCUGGAGUCCAGCAAACAGUUCCUGCAGGUGCGGAAGGUGAUGCCACGUCUUGAUAUGGAGUCUGGGAAGGACGACGAAGGGAACGACGAAGGCAGCCAGUUCAACGCUGAGUUUCUGGUUGUGGGGAAGAGGAACCCGAGUAUGCCAGCCUGUGAGAUGCUGUGUCAGUGGCUGGAAGAUUGCCUGGCAACCAGUACCCAUGGAAACCCCUGCGGCAUCAUGAUGACCCCCUGUCAGUGCUGGGAGCCUCCCAAAAGGAGAAACGGUGGCUGCUACAGGGGUGGAGUCUACACCGAGAAGUGCUCACCCACCAUUAGAGACAGCAACCGCGACGCCGAGAUCAUAAAAGGCUGGAAUGGAUGGGGCCGCUGGUCCGAGUGCAGUAACGAGUGCGGCGGCGGAGUCCAGGUGCGCAGCCGUGUGUGCCAGCCUGAGGAUGGUGUCUGUGAGGGCGUCGUAGAGGAGGGACGGGCCUGCAACCCUCAGCCCUGCAUCGGCCAAGUCCAACAGAGAAGUCAAGGUCUGCGUUCCAUCAUCAGCCAGCGACGUGAUUCUGAUGGCACCAUCAUGGGAAACCAGGCCCCUCAUAAAGAAGAGGUCCAGCAGGACACGUGGUCUUCAUGGAGCGUGUGUUCAGUGAGUUGUGGUGAAGGCUUGCAAUCCCGCACACGCUCUUGCAUGACAUCCACUUACAGCACCCAGUGCAACGGCCCUUUGAGAGAGAAUCGACCCUGCAACAACACUGCCGCCUGCCCAGUGAAUGGAGCGUGGGACGAAUGGGCUCCCUGGAGUUUGUGCUCAUCCACAUGUGGUCGUGGAUACCGUGAUCGCGUCCGCACCUGCAAACAGCCUAAGAAUGGUGGAGAACCCUGCCGUGGACCUGUCAAACAGACCAAGUUCUGCAACAUCGCAGUCUGCCCAGUUGAUGGCUACUGGAACGACUGGUCCGCAUGGACUCCUUGCUCUGCCUCUUGCUCAAAUGGAACGAUGAAGAGAACUCGUGAGUGUAACGGUCCCUCGUACGGAGGCUCAGAGUGCAGAGGAGAAUGGCAAGAAACCACCAACUGCUUCCUCAGAGAUUGCCCAGUGGACGGGAGAUGGCUGUUGUGGAGCUCAUGGGGCAGUUGCAGCAAGUCCUGCGGUGGAGGCCAUCAGCUCAGACAGAGAGUGUGUGAAGGACCUUAUUUUAGUGGAGAGCCCUGCAACGGAGAUAAAAAAGAACUGCGAAACUGCAACGAGAAGCGGUGCCCAGAACCUCACGAGAUCUGUGGAGAGGAGAACUAUGGCAGUGUGGUGUGGAAGAGAACGCCUGCGGGCGACACAGCUGCUGUGUCCUGUCCUUCCGAUGCCACAGGCCUGAUCCUCCGCAGAUGCACACUGGACGCCGUGGGUCUGGCCUUCUGGGAGAACCCCACUCACAUCAAAUGCAUCUCCAAAGAAAUCCAGGACAUCCAGACCCAGAUGCGUGAUCACGUGAAUCAGUCUCAGAGCGGUCAGCUGGUUGAUGGCGUGUCUGAGGUGAUGUCUAAUGUGAGGAUGGUGUCAACUGACAAUAUGAAGUACAGCGGUGACCUGCUGGCUGUGAUGGAGGUCCUGAGGAACAGCACAGAGAUCUUCAGAGGGUCGAAGAUGAGCCUGAGCAAUGCAGAUGUGGAGAAUUACGCUCACACCAUCAGUAACUUACUGCAGGAGACACACCGAGAGAAAUGGGACGAAGCUCAACUGAUGGGCGCAAACAUCAAGGAGUUCUUCAGUCUGAUCGAGAACUUCAUUGACAUGAUCGGACGUCAGAUGAGAGAUUUCCAGGACAUCUACGAGGUCACAGACAAUCUUGAGCUCAGCAUCCAGAAGCGUCCCCGAACCAUGACCUCUGAUGUGAACUUCCCCCUGAAGGGCUGGCGUGGGAUAAUCGAUUGGGUCCGCAAUUCAGAAGAGAAAGUAACAGUGUCCCGCAGCGCUCUGAGUCUAGAUGUUCCAGAUGCUGAGCAGAGCACUGGGUUUGUCACCGGGAUCGUUCUCUACAGAAAUCUGGGUCCCAUCCUGUCCUUCCAGAGCAACAGCACGCUGCUCAACUCGAAGGUCGUCACGGUAACGGUGAAGCCCAACCCUGGCUUCCUGUCUGCACCUGUUGAGAUCAACUUCCCACACCUGCACAAUGGCACCGUGAACGAGACCUGCAUCGCCUGGGACGAGAGCGAGAGCGCGUCUCUGCUCGGCUCCUGGUCCGCGCGCGGCUGCAGAUCUGUGUCGCGCGACUCCAGCACUACAUGCGUGUGUGACGGACUCUCCACAUUCGCCCUGAUUGCGCGACCGAAUCCCGAUCUGAACAUGGAUAAAUCUCUGUUGCCAUCGGUUACGAUGAUUGUGGGAUGCGGGGUGUCGUCCCUCACGCUCCUCCUUCUCAUCAUCAUCUACGUCUCUGUGUGGAAGUACAUCCGUUCUGAGCGCUCAGUGAUUCUGAUCAACUUCUGUCUGUCAAUCAUUUGCUCCAACGCCCUCAUUCUGAUCAGUCAGACACAAGCCCGCAACAAGGUCAUGUGUGCCUUGGUGGCAGCUCUCCUGCAUUUCUUCUUCCUGUCCUCGUUCUGUUGGGUCCUGACAGAGGCGUGGCAGUCCUACAUGGCCGUUACAGGCCGCCUGCGUAACCGCAUCAUCCGCAAGCGCUUCCUGUGUCUGGGCUGGGGUCUGCCCGCUUUAGUCGUUGCCAUUUCGUUUGGCUUCACCAAAGCCAAGGGUUACGGCACCGUCAAUUACUGUUGGUUGUCUCUUGAAGGUGGUCUCUUGUACUCAUUUGUGGGUCCAGCAGCUGCUGUCGUUCUGGUCAACAUGGUGAUUGGAAUUCUGGUUUUCAACAAGCUUGUGUCCAAGGACGGCAUCACAGACGUUAAGCUGAAAGAGAGAGCUGGGGCGUCACUGUGGAGCUCCUGUGUGGUUCUCCCUCUUCUCGCUCUGACGUGGAUGUCUGCAGUGUUGGCCAUCACAGACCGCCGCUCCGCGCUGUUUCAGAUCCUCUUUGCUGUCUUCGAUUCUCUGGAGGGAUUCAUCAUUGUCAUGGUGCACUGCAUCCUGCGCAGAGAGGUCCAGGAGGCAGUGAAGUGCCGUGUGGUGGACCGUAAAGACGACGGGAACGGUGAUUCCGGCAGCUCUCUGCAGAACGGCCACACACAGCUUGUGCCUGACUUUGAGAAGGAUGCUGACUCAAACCGACCAGGUGGAAUGAAGAGCUCAUCAGAGGAGAAGAUGCCCCCUCCACAGAUGCCCCUGCCCCUCGGCCCAAACUUCCACACCCUUCCGUCUAACCCCAGCGGAAAGAGCCACAUUCCCCCCCUCCCUGAAUACUCCAGCCACACGCUCACCUUGCGGAGAGAGAAAGGUCGUGGAGUGGACCUGACCUGUGGCAAACCCAUGUACGUGUGUGACAGUGAGCUCUUCAAGCAGCUGGAUGCCGAUCUGGCCCUCGCUCAGGCCGAGAGCAUCUGUCCGGAUGGCAGCGGUUAUGUCCUCCUGCCCAACACCACCUCAACCCUUCGUUCCAAACCCAAGGACGACUCCAGUAACUCCAGCAAAUACAACAUCAGCACCGAUCUCCCACAGGCCCGUCUCAUGCAUCUGAGUGGAACCUUCGCCGAACCGCAAGCUGCCUACGCUGUCAAGACUCUCCCCGCUGACCGUGUCAGUGUAUCAUAUUCGGAGCGAGACUCACCCAUCCAAAACAUCCACAACAUCUCCAGCGAGAGUCACGUGACCAGCAGUCUGGGCGACACGUUCGACUCCAUGAACUCCAUGAUGUCCAAGAGCGAAACCAUCUCCACCUUGUCCAUGAGUUCUUUGGAGGUCAGCGAGGGGAGGCAGAAAUCUCGUUACGCAGAACUGGAUUUUGAGAAAAUCAUGCACACACGAAAACGCCAUCAGAAUAUGUUCCAGGACCUCAACAGGAAGAUGCAUCAUGCUGAGAAGGACAGGGAGUCUCCAGCAUCUGACAGCAAGUCCGUCAGAUGGAGCGUUUCCUCUGCUGGAAGCGACAAGACAAACCACAGCGAUAAGCAGCAGGGAGCAAUGGAUCGGUCCUGGGAGAGCAUGAGCAGGUCACAGGCGUCUCCUCCUGCCUGGGUCCGGAAGGACAUGGAACCAUUGCAGGUGUCUCCUCUGGAUCUCCAGGGCAUGGAAUGGGAAAAGGCCAGAGCGACCAUCCCUCUGGUGGGCCAAGAUAUCAUCGACCUCCAGACAGAGGUGUGAGGGCACAGCGUUUAACCCUGAACACCUCGGUCUGUUUUUGAUUUGGGAAAGAGAGCAGAAAUGAAAGGAUGAGCAUGAAGAGGGCAGAGAGGUACCUGUACCCAUCUGUCAUUUGAAUAUGUGUCUCUCCGGCUUCAGAAGUAGCUCUCAGCUCAGGAUGGCACUGACCUCAGUCAUAAGAAGGCGUCUGAACUGGGAGAAAGGUUUUCCGAUCUCCAUGCGAAGAGAGAUUCUUGGUUGGUUCAUCGAGAGCUUUUCCCAACACGCUUCCAUCUGGUCCAGGAGGUGGUGUGGACGCCUGCCUGUGCUCUUUCAUUUUUCAACAAUUCCGUUUAGGAAUGGUGCGAAUCUUCCUGCAGGAGGGUCGAACGCUUUCUUGGCCGCUCGAGUAUGGCCCUUUGCGGCCCCUUCCAGAGCAUUCUCUAAGAGGCCGAUGUCUCCAAUGAGCCACUAGGGGUUGUUAGCUGUGCCGAAUGGACGCAGAUGAACUGCAAUCGCUGUGGUCUUUGUUUUUUAGUGUUUUCCGCAAAGCAUUUCUGGACGCUUCCAUCAAACUUUGGGGAAAUAAUUGUACUGAAAACUUGACUAUAAAGAGCUGAG